CCAUCUCUGAAACCAACACAACUCGUUUAGUUUUAUAUUACCAGAGCUGCUUGUGAGGAUAUUGGCCCCGGCAGAGUCUGGUGCCAACAGGUCUCAACUUCUCCAGAACUGGCCCAGUGCUCCAGGGAUAUAUGUAGCAGCCGGGGUGUCAAUGAAUUGCGAGGGCUGAACUUCUGAUGCGUUGUGAGUUAAGUGCAACUACAGGAAGCCCCUGUCACUUGUUAGCGGAGGGGAGGAGGAAGAUGCACACUUUUGCGCGUCGGUGACUCAGUCGCAGAUUGAGAGAGGGAAAGAAAGAGAGAGAGCCCCGAAGGUUUGCCGGAGCGUAGGAGCGGUGUCCUUCCCCGCACAGUCUCGGCCGGGAUCAUGUUCAUGUCGAAGGCUGUCAGCCGGCUCAGCCGCAAGCGGCCGCCUUCAGAAAUACAUGAUAAUGAUGUGCAUGCCAGUUGUAGCCAGCCGAAUACAUCAGGAAUCUCAAAAUGGGCCAUUUCACUAGAGAAUCUCCUUGAAGAUCCGGAAGGAGUAAAACUUUUUAGGGAUUUUCUAAGACGUGAAUUUAGUGAAGAAAAUGUUUUGUUCUGGUUAGCAUGUGAAGAAUUCAAGAAAAUUCAAGAUGAAAAGCUGCUUCAUGGCAAGGCACAGCAGAUCUAUAAAACCUUUCUGUGCAGUAAAGCAGCAACACAGGUAAAUGUGGAGGGACAGUCUCGUCUCACUGAGAGUAUGCUUGCGCAACCACAUCCCUUCAUGUUUCAGAAACUACAAGAGCAGAUAUUUACUCUCAUGAAGUAUGACAGUUACAAUCGUUUCCUGAAAUCUGACUUAUGCCAACAAAUCAAGCAGCAAGAAGAAAGUGAAAAGAACUCUCCAGAGAUAAAUGAAUCUGUCCCGAAAAGGGCAUCCAGGAUUUAUAAUAGAUAGCAGAAACUUUGGAAUAGCUUCAUGACAACUGUGUGCUUUCUUUGCUUUAUUCGCUAAUGGAUCAUAAUGAUGCCAUUUAGCUAAAAGUUGACUGUGCUGAAGAAAGGGAUGCAUUUGCUUUGUUUCUGAUGGUGCUGAGUAUUCUUGGCCAGGGUGCAUGUCAACACAACUGCAGAACCAGAGUUGUUAACAAUGACAUUUACAUUGCAGCAUCAGGAUGGUGAGCAGACAUUUUCCCUCAACCUCUCUGAUGUGAAAAGCCAACUAUUGUGACUGUAAUUUGCUGGGUACCGGGCCACGAUUGCCACCUACCUUACACCGCUAUUCUCAUCUGUUGCUGUAAUCCGUUUAAGCUUGAGUUUUACAAAUGAAGACAACAGUCGUAAUUAUUGCUUUAGUCCGCUACACAAUUUUGAAUUGAGAAUUACUUAAAAAAAAAAUCAUUCAGAAAAGCUGCUGGAGCUUCACAAUUGUACUGUUUGCAAUUUGUUCAUGUUCAUCAAUCAGCAAGCCCAGGGGUUGUGAUAUAAAUUAUAAAUGCAUACACUACUGGUACCUUUCUGUCUAAUGAUGUUUAGCACUUCAAAUGGAAAUAUGCCAUACCUUUAUUACAAUACCUGUUAUAUGUAUGCCUGUUGUAACAAGACGUAUGCUGUUGUCAGUUUCUAUAAAGAAGCAUAGCGUAAAAAGAAUGGGAUUUAAGUAGGUUUAUGAUUAAAAGAUUUACAAGUGAGAGUUGAGCUUUCUAAUGAGGGCAGGCCAUAUUUUACAUUAAUCAUUGUGAAGAUUACAUCUAGUAUCCUUACAUGUCUAACCAAGUCAGUAUGCAGGGCAACGUUGAAGCACAAAAUUUCCUUGGAGAAAUCUGUUAAAACUUCAUUAAAUUUCUCGGUCUGUUAUUAUAAUGUGAAUUCUGGGUGUUCAUAUUCAAGUAAUUAUUUUGCAGCCUUAUCCCACUUUUUUUAGUAAUUCUAAUUAAAGAGAGAGAAUGAUUUAUUUAGUCACCUAUAAGAAAAUAAACAGGCACCCUGUGUAGUCAAUGAACUACAAAAUGUUUUUGCUUAUAGCUGAUUCUUACUUUAAAUGUUUAAUAACUGAUGUUUUAUAAGAUUAAUAACUGCAUAAAAGGCUGAUGAAUAGUUAUAUAUUCAUAAAUUUGUAGUUACUGCUUCUGCUGUGUGAUUGUGCUGUCAAUCAUCCCCUGCAGCACUGUACUUUACGUCCUGCAAUGUGCUACUAAAAAUCAUGAAUGCUGGGAACCCAGAUCUUCAGACCUGCAGGAAGAUGAAUUGAUGUGUAAACAAUAAGUACUUUCAAUGAUGACAACAUUUAAUAUUUGGAUGAAACAUUCUUGAGAGACCUGUUUCCAUCAUUCAUUUUACAUCUACCUUUUAUGUUGAUGUUAGAAUGAAGUAGCCUUUGCAAAUGCUAGUAAAACCACCAAAAGCACAAUUUUAAAGGGUGAUGGCACUUUUCUCUAAUAGGAGCUGAUAUGGAUUCAUGGUCUGAAUGUCCUCCUUCUGUGCAGUUUCCCAAACAAUCUCAUUUCAUACAUAAAAGAAUGGAGAAAAGAAAGAUCUAUAUUCAAGAGUUAGAAUAUUUAAAAUAACUUCCAGAUACCAGCGCUAUCCACUGAUACAGUAUAUGGCCAUUUCACCAAUCUGAAUGGAACAAUAAUUACAUUCUCAGGUCACAUUCAUGUUUGUGUUUUCCAGUAAUGUUUACAGCAAGGCUGAAAUGUGCAUUGAAAAUCCAUCUGCAUUUUUAUCAUUGAUAAUUAUUGUUAGGAUGAGCUUUCAAAUAAGCCUUCCUUUGCUUUCUGCUGCAUUUCUGUCAGGUCCUGCACUUAGAAAAUGUUAAUCUUUUGUGAAUAGUUGCACGCCAACUUGAACAACCAAUGAUAAUGUCAUUUGCUGGUAUAGCAGUUAUCAAAAUUUGCUUUGGCUUAUUUAUGAACUAUUGAUGUCAUCUUAUUCCUUUCAGGUGAGUUCAAGGAGGUAGAAGUAUUUAUUUUGGGAACAGUACUGAGAUGUUUACAUUACAUGGUCGAUUCGGCAUUGCCUCAGUACCAGUUAUGUUUGCCUCUGCUGGAAUCUUGGUGUUGAAAAUCUUGUAUCAGCAUUCAAUGUUCACAAGCUGCAGAGAAACAGCUGAUUUUACCUAUUCAAUAUAUUGAAAUGUUUUCUAUAACAAACCCAAAAUGCCAUUGACAUAAGAUGCUGAUGGCUACCUCGAAGAGCUUUCAUGUAUAUCCAAAAAAUGGUGUAUAAAACAAUCGCAGCAGGUUUAUAUUUUACCAUUCCAGGAAGGCAGCUGGUGUCCAUGAUGUCCAUGCCCAAUAUAUUGGUAAGUGUAGAUAUGGAAAAUGUUCACAUUCUGAAAGAGCUAACACUAUCAUUGUCUUUGGCUUUGAUAAAGACUUGCGGGAAUACGUGGUUAGUGGGAUGAAAGCUUAUUUAUUCUGUGGAAAUCCAACAGCCAAUUUUAAAUGGAGGUUAAGAUGCGCUUAUUGCUAAUUUGUUUUUUAAAAUUUCAUUACCAUGAAGUUUCCUUUUGCUGACCAGGACAAGUGGCAUUCAGAUUUAGGCAACUAAUUGUUAAUAAAAACCUGAGAAUUUGUUCUACAAACUGGUGCUUUGUGACCAACUCCCACUCCCCCACCCCCCACCGCCAUUGACAGAGUAGGUUUUUGUCAUUGGGCAUCUAUCACCAUCACUUUCUAAUGAACUGCUGGGUGAUAUAUAGUGUGAUCCAUUUAUCCUCUGAUUUUCUUUCCCCUUCUCCAUUAAGCAGUGCCUAUUUUAUACUUGAUAGUCCUGGCUGAGAUAAGGAACUCACUCUGUGGAAAACUGUAACUAUAAGCCUACACCAAGCAUUAAAUGGCCUACUAUAUAGUGGUAACCUAACUAUACCACUGUACAGAUAAGUUUCCAAAUAUAUUUUUUAUCUGCUUCAAACCACGAUGUAACUGUAGUGAAUAAAAGAUCUGUAUCAACUCCUGCAUGUUGCUUGAUAUUAGCAUACAAUUUCCAAAAAAUGAAUUCAGGAGGACUUUAAAAAAUAUUUUUUGAUAAAUUGCACGUGUUUUGAUACUGUGUUUACAUUGAUAUUUGCCAGUUGUGUAACUAAUUUUGCAUCUGUAUAUAUGUCUUGUAUUCAUUAUAUUUGCAUAUUAAAUUCAAUGUUGCCUUGCUGAUGAGGAUUUUGUUUAUAUUUGGAUAUAUGUAAGUGCCUAAUUAUAUCAACUUAGAAUAAAUUUGGAAGUUUCUUUUCCAUCUUGAAGAUAUUAAUAGUUUGACAAUGGAUGUACAAAAUAUAAUGUAUUUGGUUUAAAGGAAAUGCACUAUGUGCAGUGUAGGUGCCUUAGCUUUACAGUCUGUUUCUUGCUUUGCCAAUAAAACUAGACAAUAAAACUA